ACAUCUGAGAUUAAUUAAUAGAAAACCUAUACAAACAGCGCGCAGCGGUCGCCGGCGACAGAUUACCCACACAACGCACACUAAUUUUCUCCGGAAAGAAAAGCUAUGAAUGAGGGAGUGCAGAAGAACACCCUGUACGUGGGGGGUCUGGCGGAGGAAGUAAACGAGCACAUUCUGCACGCCGCCUUCAUACCCUUCGGGGACAUCAAGGAUGUGAAGACCCCAUUGGACCACGCCACACAGAAGCACCGCUCCUUCGGCUUCGUCACUUUUCUCGAAAGAGAGGACGCCGCCGCCGCCAUGGACAACAUGGACGGCGCCGAGCUGUACGGCCGCGUGCUUACCGUCAAUUACGCACUACCUGAGCGCAUCAAGGGUGGCGAACAUGGCUGGGCGGCGCAACCUAUUUGGGCGGAUGCUGACACCUGGUUCGAGAGACAGCAGCAGGAACAGGAAAUGCAACGACUGCAAGCAGAGCAGCGAGCAGCAAUGCAGGCUGCUGAAGAAUUGCACAGGAAGAAAAUGGCUGAGGAUCGACAAGGUGAAACAGAAGAAGCUGAUACGAAUGAAGAUCCGAUGGCAAAGGCCGAAGCAGAGGUUUUGAAGCAGAACGCCGGGGCCUAGUUUGGAGCUAGCAAGCCUGCCCAGGAUGAUCCACCAUUACAAGUUUGUGUAUCAGACAGAUCAAUGUGUUUGGAAACUCUUGAAAUUGGUGUUGGAAAUUGUUAGGUUGUGUGAGGAUUUUUAAACAUUUCACAUUGGACACACGAAAUUAGCUGCUGUGCUUUGCCUCAACGUGAUGAAUGGUUUAUUCAUAGGUCCGAGAAUUAUCGAAAAUGAAUGGAAUCACAUUUGGUAUUGGUUUUAAA